AGUAGUUUAUUUAAGUGCUUAGAUCCGAGAAAGUAUAAGGCUCUUCUUCAAAAUUCAACAGCAAUGAAGGGAAAACUUUUGUUAGUUGUUUUACUAAUUGCCUUUCAAUUGGAAAAUGGUUCUACCGAGGAUAUUCAUGAUUUCGAGAGUGCUUUAGAAACAUUUUUCAAUGAGAAUGAAGGUUCGGGAUCAGGAGCAACUACAGACUCACCCACUUCACAGCCUCCGCAACUUCCAAAAUCAUGUAAAGAAGAAAAUGUCGGAAUCAAAAUUCAAGGAAUUAAAACAAAAGAGUUUAAUGACGUGAACAAUGAUCAAGCUCAUCAUAGAGUAAAGCUGCAAGGAGCUUUGGCUAAAGGUAUUACAAGGUAUUGUAAUUCUUUGGGAAAAGAAUGUCCUAAUGGUGCAGGCAGCAUUGAGGCCAAUGAUAUCAAAUACUCUACAAAUGUAACCGAAAGUAAUAAUAACCUCUUUGUUGAUUUUUGUGUUGCUCGCAAAUCUAGAUUUGGGAAUUCAAAUUCCUUAUUUAAAAGAAGUAAGUUAAUAGAAGUUAUUAAAAGUGCUGAAGCUCAGGAAGUGAUUAGGCAAGAGUAUAAGCCAAGCAUAAGCGUUGAAACAGCACCAAAAAAGUCAACAGGCUUGAAAGGAUGGCAGAUAGCUUUAAUAGUAGUUGGAAGGGACAUGAGUUGA